GUGUGUUAUGGUGUGUUAUGGUGUGUUAUGGUGUAGUAUGGUGUAUUAUGGUGUAGUAUGGUGUAUUAUGGUGUAUUAUGGUGUAGUAUGGUGUAUUAUGGUGUGUUAUGAAAUGAAGGCUAAAUGCAACAGUAUACGUUUAUUUUAUUUUGAUUACAUUGUAUUUUGUGUCAUUUCAUAUGUAUAGGCUUCCCACAGUGUUUAUGAGAGGGUGUGUGUGUGUGUGUGUGUGUGUGUGUGUGUGUGUGUGUGUGUGUGUGUGUGUGUGUGUGUGUUAAUCCUGGGAAAUUCCAUGGUAACAGAGUGAUCCUGAGACUCAGAUUGUUCACUUUAAAAUGUCUAACAAAAAACAAUGAUUGCAAAGUUAAAUAAAUCAUACAACUCUAUGCACAAUGAGUACUUUAAUCAAUUUCCACUGUUUUUUGUUUGACAUACAUUUUAAAGUGAAAAUUCGGAGUCUCAGCAUCACUCUGUUACAAUGGAAUGGCCCUCCUACUCUGCAGUCUGUGCGCUAUAAUGAAAUCUCCGGCCCCGCCGGUGAUUGGCUACAUCGGUCACAGGGCUGGAUCACGUGGACCUAGGUUCGUGCACUCUUGGACCCGAUGGAGAAGGACCCGCAUCUGCUCACAACGCCGCAGCCCCUGCCUUCCCACCGUCCCUGUCCGGACUUUACAACGUCAACAAUGCAAUCUACCAGAGCCACCCGAUGUUCAGCCCUGGUUAUGGCCAGGGGCCGGACAUUCGCAGUCUGCACUGCAGCUCCUUCGACCAGAGCCGUCUGUUCGGGGACAGCUGUGUCCAGCCGGGGCCCCUCACCUCGCCAGAGGACAAACACUACCGGAUGUACCCCUGGAUGAAAACAUCAGAUCCAAACCGAAAGCGUGGUCGUCAGACCUACUCCCGGUACCAGACACUGGAGAUGGAGAAAGAAUUCCACUUCAACCGGUACCUGACCCGCCGGAGGCGCGUGGAGAUAGCACAAGUGCUCUGCCUGACCGAGCGCCAAAUCAAAAUCUGGUUCCAGAACCGGAGGAUGAAGUGGAAGAAAGAUCACAAGGACGAGUCCUCGAGCUCGACCCCCGGUGCCAACGGCGAGGACGUAAACGAGGAUGAUGACAGUGAUCCGGUAACAGACGGACAGUCCAAGGCCGAGGACGCCGAGUACGGAGAUUCCCAGUCCACCGGUGUGGCGUCAGAAACCCCUGCAAGAGGAGACGGAGACAAGGAGGCGAUUAGAAACACUCCAUAAAUGUUCAUAUUGGUCACUAAGGAAAUGUUCUAGAUGUAGACUAUCACAGAAUCGAUACACUCUGUUCGAUCAUGCUAUUCAGAGCUUAGAAGCCUGAUUGAGGAAACGACUUGCAGGGCUGAAAUUGAGACGCACUAAUUUAACGUAUACAAGCUAGUGAAAACACUGGUUAUAGCUAUAAAAUGCAUAUGGCUAUAGGAAGAUGAAAGGGAACGGAUACUACCUAUUUACUCUGCGCUAUUACUAUGAACACUCAAUUUGAUCUUUGAAUGUAGAACAAGUCUACUGUAAAUGUUAUACAAUAUUUAAUGUUAAUCGUUGGGAACUAUUAGAUAUUUUACUACUUAAAUAACAUUCCUGAACAGAGAACUACCUAAGGCGACAGUUGCAUUCACGCAACUUCAGAAUUUACCUCCAGUUUCAAUUGACUUCGAAGAACCUUUUUCGCACUCUUUUUGUCUCUAUUUCAAAGCGAAAUAAAUGCAAAUGUUGAAUCCACUGGUGAAUAUGGCUUUAAUGUUUAACUGUCGCUUAUUAUCGUUAUAUUGCGCUGCUGUCUGUUAUCAUGUCUAAUGUUGUGAGAGCUUGUCUUUUGGGGUCAUGUAAAGAUUUGAAUAGAUAUUUGCAUGAUUUCCAAACAGCAAUCAAAAAAAUGAAUUGUCAAAUUUGUAUACCCUACCUCAGAUUUUACGUUAGAGACUAAACCUAUAGCCUACCACUGUCUCACUGAAUUUCAGCACUGCAUAAGAAGUACUUAUAAACACUGCAUUGUAACGUCGUGUUGUUAUUGUAUUGUCAUCUCCUUUUUGCUUUCAAUUAUUCUAACUAGCUAUAGCCUAGGGUCAAUAACAUUUUCAUGGACGUGAGUGUGUCUGCUUGCACGUGCAAGUCUGUAAGUUAGGGAAUUGGUGUGUUUCUAGGCUAUAGCAGAGAAGCGGUCCAAUGUUCAGAAAUUAGCAUUUGUUUUGCAAUUUGACUAGUGCUUGGAUUCGUCCAGGAAUUUGCAUUCGACACUCACCGCUUUUCCUCUGCGGUAUUCUUAUUGUGACAUUAUGUAAGAUGCAAUAGUAAUCGAAUAAAAACAAAAACAUUCAUUUUGGAAAA